AUGGGGAAUCAGAGGGUGACCCAGCGGCAGGUGAGCCCCGCAGGUGCGGAGGCGGCUCGGGGCUCCCCGGCCACCUGUGGAGCCGGUCCCGCCUCUGUCCCGGCGGGAGCGGGGAGCGCUCGGGGGAAGGGGCCGCUGUCCCCCGGGGCCGGGGCGACCCCGAGCGGAUCCCGGCGGCGGGGCCGCGAUCAGCACCACGGACAGCGCCCGGCGGCGCCUGCCCGGCGGGGCUGGAGCGGGAACCGGCACCGGGAACCGGGAACCGGAACCGGGAACCGGCACCGGGAACCGGGAACCGGCACAGCGACCGGCGCGGGUCCUGCCCAGGACCCUCCGGGACACCACCGGCCGCCCGGAGCCGGCACGGACUGCUCGCCGGGCCAGGAUCUCAUAGAUGGAUCCAACCCAGAGGUCUCUGAAGAACAGAGGACUCAGGGCAAACUGUGCAGGAUGAACCCACGGGUUCCUGGGAGGAUUCCCCAGCCCCAGCAGGAUGCAUUAACAGCACAUCUCCCCAGCGAGCCGUGGUGGGAAGAGCACGGAGCAAAAAAAAAAGAGAACCGAUCUCUCGAAGGAUCCUGGCUGGCAGCAAUAUCAGCAUCUGACUGAAGAGAACUCAGCCACACGCAUAAUCCUCGGGAAAUUCAUCUCCACCCUCCCGCAGACCCCGGUGAGAGCCCUUGAAGUGGUAAUUAAAGUCUAUUGAGUGGCAACUGCACCUGUUUAGAGAGGAGAGUGCGGGUAAGAGUGCACAAAGGGAGAUGAGCAGCGCAGACAGGAGCUGCUGGAGCUGGGGAGGAGGAGGAGUGGAGAGAACGGGGAGGAAAAAAAGUGUUUGUUGCUGUGUUGAAGUCGAUGCAAUCAGUUGUGCAUUUCCAUCCUGCCCAGAUCUGCUCCCUCCCCCAAAGACUCCGGGGGUUUCCAGCAGCCCAGCCCUGCCCCAGGGCUCCGGGUGUGCUGACCACCGUCUGUGGGACAGCCAUGCAGAAUACACUCGUACAUUUUAUUCGUGGAUUUUACAAGGGCCAGAGAGCAGUGCUGCAGAGUGAUCCAGGUGCAGGCUCCAGGGAGAUUUUCAUUCUGAGACCCAUGGCUUGAUCACAGAAUUCCUGGCUCCUUCUGUCACAAUCCCAAGGGCAGCAAACACUACAGAUGAGGUUCUGAAACCUUAGCCAAAGACCCCUGCAAAAGCUUUUUGUUGUAGGAGUGAAUAAUCACUCCUUACCUCUCCACAGGCAGCACUGCCACCAUGGACUCCCCUUA